AUGUGUGUAUUGAGGAUGCUGUCUACUAAAACAUCUGUGCUCAAGACAGUCACAGUUCAGAACAGGAAUGAGCCAGCCAUUCUCAAACCGGAGUGCAUUGUGGACUACAAUAAUGGAAUCAAAUCUUCGAUCGAUAUAAGUGAUUCGAUGGCAACAUAUGGCUCAGCUCUUAGGCGAUGUACGAAAUGGUAUCGUAAGCUGUUUAUCGAAAUGUUGUGGGGAACUUCUCUGGUGUGUGCUCGUUUCCUCUAUAAUCUAAAUACAUCAGCAAAGAAAAUGACAAUCACAGAGUUCCGAGAGCAGGUUAUUGUAGAUAUGAUUGACAAGUGUUCUCAGAGAGUAGAUAUAGCGCCUAUACCUUCAACAUCAUCUUCAAAAAGGAAGGCGCCGAAUGUGAAACACUACUUCAUAGACAAUAAGGUCGGUGAAAAGUUGGUUCGAGGACGCUGUAAAGAGUGUUAUAAUAUGUAUGGAAGGGAGGGAAAAAUUAUAAAUGGCAAGUAG